CAGACUCUCAGACGGGGAAGCUACUCUGUGUGUGUUAGUGUGAGUUUCAGUGUGUGUGUUCCGAUCAAAGGAGGAACUAACUGUCCGCCGUGAUGGAGAGACGAUCAGCCUGUCAGACACACCUGAGGGCGAACAGAACCGCUCUCUGGUUCUGUUUGGUUCUGUUGUUCUCAGCUGGAGCUGGAGGCGUGAAAUCCCACCCCUCCUCCACGCUCAGUGUCUCCACCCCUCACCUGUUCUACACCUGUCCUGAAGGUGCAACAGCUAAGCUGGUGUGUGGUCAAAGCGGAGUGGCGUUACACCAAACAGACGUUCUGAAGCGCAGCUGGCUCUUCACACCACAUGCCGAUCAGCACUGCUCGGGGAGGGAGGGGCCACGCCACACUGUCGUUGGCGGCCAUUCCCAUAGUAACCACAGCCUGACACCGGGGCUGCAUUUUGGGUCGUCGGAGCAGAACUUCUGGAUGGUUCUGCAGAAUGUGACACUGGCCGAUCAGGGCAGAUACUGCUGUCUGUUGCUGGACUUCCAGGUAGAGCACAAACACGCAGCCAUCGUCCAGAAACCUCACAGCCACAUGAUCCUGCAUGUGUCCCCACGGAGGAACGGGUCUCAGGAGUGCACUGUGUGGGACCCCGCUCCAGCUGGAGGCUUGGUACCUGUGGUCGUGGCGGCCUCCGCGUGCAUCAUAGCUCUGUUCGCCCUGCCUCUGAUCCUGCUGCUGGUGUACAAACAGAGACAAACACACAAAUCAAGACGUGCCCAAGAGCUGGUCAGGAUGGACAGCGAGGCUCAGGGUCACGAGAACCCAGUGUUUUUUGGCGAGUCCCCUCAGGCAAAGACUCGCACCGUGUCUCAGAUCAUGACCAGACAGUCCUCAGAGACGGGGCGCCACCUGCUGUCUGAACCUGGAACACCCCUCUCUCCUCCGGCACACGGGGACGUGUUCUUCCCCAUAGAAGACACCAUCCCUGAGUCACCUGACCUCCUGCAGGUGUGAGGAGGGGAACACCUGCUGACCCUGAAUCAGCCCUUUGUCUCCACCUGCUGGACUCUUUCUGCUGGUUUCCUGCAGCUCGUCAGCUUUUUAUCUACAAACAGUUCUGCAGUCAUCUGCACCAUCAACAAAGACCAGAGCAGCUCCUGCACGGUUUCUUACAGCUGUUUUCACACAUGCACACCUGGAAAUGUCUGAUUUUGUCUCUUUAUGAACAUAUAGAACUGGACGUAAUCACAAUAUUUAAAGGACAGAGUGAUGCAGGGUGACAUCAUUAAUAUUUAUACUAAAUGAUCAAACUGGUCUUGGACUGCUUCAUCUCCUCACCUUCACACUUCACUCAGGACAUUCACCUGCAGCUUUACUUCAAUCACAGGGGGGCGGGACCUGUCAAUCAAAACCUGCUGCAGGCCCCCCCCUUAGGAUGUGAUGGUCAGACUUUCUGUUCAUGUGAACUCGUCUUUGUAACACAACAUAAACCUUCCUCUCAUUUCUACCUGAACAGGUGAGCUCACACCUACGUCUGUCUCUUUAAGAAAGUUUAGAUCAAAGCUUCAAACCAAAGAGUCUCAGUCAGCUUCACCUCUGCACCUUCUGGAGAAACUUCUUCAUGGCUUUACUCCUCCCCCCUCCCCCUCCCUGUGUCUCCAUAAGCUCACCUGCUGUAUUUUUGAUAGUUCCUUUGACUCUUGUCAAACUUGUUGAUAUGAAGUUUGAUGAUUGAAGGUUCACAGAUUAUUUCCUGAAUGUAAAGAUAAAUAUGUGUCUCCUCUGUAAACCGUCUGUUCACUCACACGAGGUCCAGUUCCCCCCUGAUAAAACACGAGUGCGCCUUCGGACUUCAGGGUUUUUAUCACUGAUGUAUAUAUCAUGUUUUUUAAUCUGUGUUUUAAUGUGCAAUGUGAUGUUAAUGAAAGCAUUUAAUUAUCAUUAUUAUGUGACAAACCAAAGGGGGAGGGGCAGGAGUCAGAAAGAGAGAGAGAGAGGGGAGUCAGAGAGAGAGAUGGAAUAGGGGGGAAGAGUCAGAUUGAAAUAUUGUUUUCUUUUAUUCUGUUUUUAUAUUUUUUUCAUUCUGAGGUUAAAAUGUGUAAAAUUCUAAAACGUCAACUUGAUGUAGCCGAGACCGAACGACGACGAUGUUUCUACGUAAAAAUAAUAUAAUUGAACCAAAAAUGUGUGUGUUUUAUGAUAACUGUAUGCUCUCUCUUAAAUGUAUGUGUUGACUCUGUAUAAAGCUUCUUCCUAAUUCUCUCUUUUUCAAUAAAGUGGAGCUCUUA